UGGUACAAUUUGUUUCAACAAGACUUCGUUAGGGUUAAGCGAGGCUUCACCUCAAAGUCUUUCGUUGAACAAAUUUCAUCCUUUUUGAGCUGAUUUCGGUGGUUCUCCUCUGAAUCUCCGAAAAUUCAAUCUGGCUCUGCGCUCUGCAGGAAUUCAGAGAAACUGCGACGAGAAGAAGAAAGAGGAGACGGAACCUAAAAGGAAAAGGUUUUAAUUUUUUUUUUUGUUAAGAUAAUUGAAGGAGAGAUGGAUAAUGAAUCGGUGGAACUCAGCCAAGGGGAGGCCGAGGAGGAGGAGGAAUUCGUUCUGCUGAACCUCGACGAAGUUUCUGGGCACAUUGACAUUCCCAGAAACGCCCCAUAUGUUUUAUCAGGUUUGGAUUCUUUGAACCCUACAUUGAUCAUAGAUGGGAAAAUCAAGUUGGUUGGAGAAUAUAUGGAGACGAUCGGUACUUGCCUUGCUUUCACCGAAAAGGAAGUUGCAUCUGGAGAAAAUCAGACAGCACAGAAGCAGGUGGAACCAGUAGCCAAACUCCACAAGAUUCUUAAAUUUAGGUUAGUUCUUGACAAUGACAAUGACAACGGCCGUGGAGACGCAAGCUGAAACCAAACCACUUCGGGUCUGACAGAGAGACAGAUUGGAGACCGAGUCUCCGCACACCAAGGCUCUGGAUUUCGCUGCUAUGUUCUAAUUCUCAUCGCUAGGUGGUGGUUAUAAAUAAUCUCACAGGGGCAUGGUUUGCAUUCCACCAAGGGGAAAGAAAUCCCGUACAUAGGACAGAAACAAAGUGGCAUUGGCUCUCCAAGAAGGGCUGGCUAGUGUGUCAUCCGAGCAAAUAGUUAAUGGUUGUACAGAGAAAAAAUGUGUUUUAGAGGCAACUUACAUAUAUAUAUAUAUAUAUAUCUUUAUUGUCACUACCUAAUUCAAGGGGUUAUAAUCCAACUUCAAACACACAAGAUUAGGAAGUAGUACUUUAAGAAAGAACCUGGUCAAUCUUUUAUACUAUUAUUACAUAAUAAACAGACAAUUUAGUUCGGGAUC